AUGGCGCGGGUGCUGGUGGUGGGCGCGGGGCUGACGGGCGCGGCGGGCGCGGCGCUGCUGCGCGGGGCCCCGCGGGCACAGCUGGCCGUGUGGGACAAGGCGCGGGGCGCAGGGGGCCGCAUGAGCACGACCCGCGCCGACAGCGGCAGCGCCGACCUGGGCGCGCAGUUCGUCACCUGCGAGCCGGAGCUGGCGGGGCCGCGGCUCAGUUUCUACGAGGAGCUUGUCACCCACGGCAUCCUGAAGCCGCUGACGGCUCCCGUGGAGGGACUGGUGGAGAGAGAAGGCUCCCGCAAUUUCGUGGCACCCCAGGGCAUCUCCUCGGUUGUCAAGUACUAUUUGGAGCAGUCAGGUGCAGACGUGUCCUAUGAGCAGCAGGUAACUCACAUUUCCCUGCGGGAUGGCAGGUGGGAAGUCUCCAGGAAAGCUGGGCCCCCGGAGCAGUUUGAUGUGGUAAUUCUCACCAUGCCUGUCCCACAGAUUCUCCAGCUGCAGGGUGACAUUGUCAACAUAAUUAAUGAAAGUCAAAAGCAGCAACUGGAAUCUGUGAGCUACUCAUCCCGUUAUGCCCUGGGACUGUUUUAUGAGGCUGGCACAGGGAUUGGUGUCCCCUGGGCCGCUCGCUACAUCGCCGAUAAUCCCUGCGUGCGCUUCAUCUCCAUCGAUAACAAGAAGCGCAAUAUAGAGUCUGCUGAAAUGGGGCCCUCAGUCGUGGUGCACACCACUGUGUCCUUUGGCAGCGAGCACCUGGACUCAGACCCUGAGGAGGUGCAGCAGAUCAUCCUCAGCCACCUGCAGAGGAUUGUGCCCUCCCUGCCUAAACCAAGCAGCAUCAAGUGCCACAGAUGGAGAUACUCCCAGGUCACCAGAGCUGUGCCCAAUUGUCCAGGACAGAUGAUUCUUCACACUCAGCCUCUCCUGAUCUGUGGGGGUGAUGGAUUCACUCGUUCCAACUUUGAUGGCUGCAUAGAGUCUGCCAUGAGUCUUGCAGAGGCUGUGAAGCCUUAUUUACAGCAAUUUCAAACUCAGGCUGCUAAAAUUUCUCUAGAUUAAUUAUGAAUUUUUGCUGUGAUAGAUCGA